AAUUAUAAUUUCAAAUUUGUAUUGUAGGAUUAGAUUAAUUCGAUCUAAGAAAUUUUAUAAAUAUUCAAACUUCAAAGCUAGCAAAGAUUUGAAUUUACAACAUAAUAAUAUGCAAUAAAUUUACUGUUCAUAUUUAUUUUAAUAAUUUACAAUGGCAGAGAGGGAUCUUUCUUUAGGACCUAGAGAUGGCAUUAGUUACCCCAUCAGAGUACAGUACUGUGGAAAUUGUUCCAUGCCAAUUGAAUAUUGUGAAUAUUAUCCUGAAUACGAUAAGUGUAAACAAUGGCUUGAAAAGAAUCUACCAACUGAAUUCGAAAAAGUCAGAAUAGAUGAAGAAGACAAUGGUGGUGGGGAAGAAGAAAAAAAGAGACAGAAAAGAGGAGGAAAGGGAAUGUUAAAAUCAAAGAAAAAGGAAGAUGUUCCUAAACUAGUCCAAGUUUCUCGUGCUCCACGAGGCAAAAAGAAAUCUGUUACUGUUGUGUCUGGAUUAAGUACAUUUGAUAUCGAUUUAAAAAUUGCUGCCAAAUUCUUUGGCACAAGGUUUGCUUGUGGUUCUUCUGUGACAGGUGAUGAUGAAAUUGUCAUACAAGGUGAUGUCAAGGAUGACUUGUUUGAUGUUAUUCCUGAGAAAUGGCCUGAGAUUGAUGAAGACAGUAUUGAAGACUUGGGAGAUCAAAAAAGAUAAUCAUGUUAUGGAAGAAACUUAAAUAACAUCUUUUAUUUAUCUUAAAUAACAUCGUUUUUAUAAUAAUUAAUAUGAACACCUUUUCAAUAUAUUGUUAAAGAUAUAAAGGGGGGAUGUAAAUGCAUUUCCAGACUGUAUGAUGUGAAUAAAAUAAAUUAAAUGUU